AUAUGCUCUGCCUGGGCUGGCAAGAGUCGAAAUCUCCCUGAAUAGUGAGCCCCUCAAUAGUGUCAGCUAGCAAGAUGGCGGCAGCGGCAUCCGGCGCAGCGUCUUCUUCUAGGGCCAUGUUGCUUCGCAGGCUCGCAGGGUCAGGUGCGGUGAUGGCUGGGACUGCAGUGGCCGUCGCGACCGGCUCGCUUGCAUCUCCCAUAUUUGCAGAGGAGCGAACAAGGCGAGAAAAGCUCUCCAUCUAUGACGAUCCAGCACCGCCAGUGACCGUUGUCGAAUACCACACUGAGCUCGAACGGCAAGUCGGCUCUGUGCGCAAAGCCAUUUCCAAUGUCACAUAUGACACGCAGCAGAGCCUCCGAGGUGUGGUGAACAAGUGGAUCAAGACCGAGCAGUCCGUUGAAGCGAAAAUCAGGGAGCUGGUCGCGAAGGAUGAGCCCAUCACCCCCGGCAUCCUUUAUGUCGGUGUUGCGACCCUUGCAGGUUCAGUCUUUGGACGGUAUCGAACGCUGCCCAUUCGACUGUUCGCCCCACCUGCUUUCUUCUUCGUGUCUCUCAACUUCUUCCUGCCCAAACUCUCGCACAACCUGUCGCAAUACUACGUAUCGAUUGAGAAGGCGCACGUACCGGCGCUGACGGAGCAGCGGGAGCACCUCGUCAAAUGCUAUCGUGACGCUCUCAAGAGCUCCGAGUCCGGGUUGGAGAGCAUCAAGCACAAGACCGAAAGCGGUCUCCAGAGCGGUCUGCAGCAGGUCGAAAAGUCGACGGGGCUCCGUAUCGGCAAUGCACUCGGUAAUGCACAGCAGGCGGCCGCAGAGGCAAAAGAGAAGCUUGUAUGAUCAAACAUGCGCACGCAUUGAAGUUGCCGCC